UCGAGCAUGGUCGACGACGUGGGCGCUGCCGAGGCUCGUGGGGACGGGCUGCUGGGGUUCCCACUUCCGCCGCCACGGAUUCGCUCCCGGCCGUGGUGGUUUCCUGUGCAGGAGCUGAGGAACCCGCUGGUGUUUUCUUUGGAGGCGUGGCUGGCCGACUCGAUCUUCGGCCCAGACCGAGCCGUGGUUCCGGAAAUGGAGUGGAUGAGCCAGGCCCUGCUGACGGUGGACACAGUUCACGCCGGGAAGUUGGUGGAAGUCACCGUCUUCGGGCGGCCGGCUGUCCAGCGCCGGGUGAAGAGCGUGCUCCUGAGCCUGGCGUCGAGUCACCGGGAGCAGCGCGCCCGAGCUGAGAAGAUGGAACGACUCGAGGAGUUCUUGAAGGCCCAGGCACCAGGUCCCCAGGUCCCCCAGCGUCCUGUUGCAUAAGUGUUGUCAGGAGCAUGAGGACAGUUCUCCUUCUGCUACUAAAGUUCAAGAAAAGCACAUAUCCUUAAAUCUAUGCAUUAAUUUUUUUCCUGUAUCUUGAUGGAUAGUGGUUUGAUUAUUUUGCUGCAAAUGUGAGUUUGUAGUGCCAUUCUAGUAAAUAAAUGAAUUUCCU